ACAACACAGAGAUCAUCAAACACAAAAAGAACUAGCCAUGUCUUCUUCUGUUUCCACCAUAGAAGCCAAGAAGUCAAACAAAAUCAGAGACAUCGUAAAGCUUCAACAGAUCCUCAAGAAAUGGAGAAAAGUCGCUCAAGCAUCAAAACAAGCCAACAACAGCAAGAUUAACAACGAAGAAGACAUCAACAACAACCUUACCAAAACUGGAAGUGGAAGUGCAAGUAAGAGCAUCAAGUUUCUGAAGAGGACACUAUCCUUCACAGAUGUAACAGCUGUUCCUAAAGGCUACUUAGCUGUCUCGGUGGGGAAAGAGGAGAAGAGAUACAAGAUACCAACGGACUACCUUAGCCACCAAGCUUUCCACGCGCUGUUGCGUGAAGCAGAAGAAGAGUUCGGGUUUCAGCAAGCUGGCGUGCUGAAGAUUCCUUGUGAAGUUGCUGUGUUUGAAAGCAUUUUGAAGAUAAUGGAGGACAACAAGAGUGAUGAGUACCUGACCACACAGGAGUGCAGGUUCAAUGCAACUACUGAUGAAGUUGUAACUUACCGUCAUCCUUCGGAUUGCCCUAGGACUCCUUCUCUUCAACCUCACAGUCCAAUGUGCAGAUAACUUUUGUUUUUGUAUUGCUGUACUUUGUUGCUUUUAACCAUUCUUCUCCCUCUUCCCCCAUGUUCCCAGUUUUUUCCCUUGGGGAUUUGAACUUUGUGUACUUUGCAACUCCAAGAGGAAAAAGAAUGAGA